AAUAAAAAUGAUAAUAAUCCCUCGCUUCCAACCAAAUAUAUAAUCUCUCCUCCACUGCUACUUCUUCUUCAUCAAAACUGAGUGAGUCAGGUAGCAAAGAAAUGGAAGGUAGAGACAAAUUGAUUGUGAAGGGAUUAAGUUUCUAUGGUUAUCACGGAGUAUUAAAGGAAGAAAGGACGCUUGGUCAGAAGUUCUUUGUAGAUGUUGACGCUUGGUUGGAUCUCAAACCAGCUGGAAUAUCUGAUAAUUUGUCUCACUCUUUUAGCUACGUUGAAAUAUAUCGUAUAGCUAAGGAAGUUAUUGAAGGACCACCUCAAAAUCUUCUGGAGUCAGUGGCGCAAAAAAUUGCAAUCGCUACUUUGACAAGUCACAAAGAGAUAUCUGCUGUUCGUGUGAAAGUUGGAAAGCCUCAUGUGGCGAUUCCGGGUCCGCUUGAGUACUUAGGCGUUGAGAUUGUGAGAUGCAGAAGCGAUUUGACAGAAUAAAACUUUCUUAUUUAAUACUGCAGGUUUUUUUAUGUAUUCCAAUUUGUUUGAUACAAUAAUAACAUUUCUCUGAUCCGAGCUUACCAUCAGUUUUAUCUCUAUCUCUUACAAGUUUUGCUAAUAAAAUUAAAAGAUGAAACUAUAAGCA